AUGGAGUCUGGUCGCCUCACUUUAGAUCACCUUAUCACGGACGAUGGCGGCCGCACGAUCUUCGACCACGGCGGCGAGAUUGAUCUGAUCGAGGGCGUCAUCAAGGUCUCCGAGCGCCAGUUCCUCGAGAACAAGGUUCUGAUCGCGCAAGUCGCGUGCGAUUACGUCUACGAAGACUCCAACUGGGACAUCCAUGAAGACACCUUCUACCAGCGCCAAGUCGAGCUCCACCCAAACUCGACCGAGGCGUACGAGACGACUGCAGCUCAGCGCGCGCUCGUCCGCAAGGUGGGCGGCGCCUGCUUCCCGUUCAUUGUCCGCCUCCCGCACGACCUGCCCGCCUCGGUCAUCCUCAAGCCCGAGUCGUACUUUGAGGGCAAGCCGAUCGGCAUCAGCUGGACCGUCCGCACCUGGCUCGCAGGCAUCUCGUCGGGCACGCGCACCAGCAUUGUCACGCUGCCCUUCCAGAAGAUCAACUUUUUCCCGCUGCUCACAGACGUCAAGCCUCCGUCGGCCUCUGGCCAGAAGAGCUUCAUGUUUGACAAUGCGCGUCCGCUCACCCUGAAGGCCACGCUCGAGAAGGAGGUCUUCUACCACAACGAGCCCAUCAACGUCAAGGUGCAGAUUGAAAACCUCUCCAAGAAGGAGGUGUGCGCCAUCAAGAUCUCCGUCAAGCAGAUUGUCGAGGUCCGCUUUGAAACGAGCCUGCGCGAAAAGAUCAAGUCCGUCGUGGCCACCAUCGAGUCGACCCGCGGCUGCCCCAUCAAGAAGCAUUCCGAGUUCUCGUCAACGUACAGCGUGACGCCAAAGGUGACGACCCAGGAGACGCACCACGUCGCCCAAGAGUACAAGCUCAACAUGGCCGACAACGCCCAGCUUGCCGCCACCACGCGUCUGACGCACACCACCGCCGAUCUCGGCCCAGGCGUCACCGUCAGCUACUACAUUAACGUGCACGCCGUUGUCGCGAUGGGCUCUGAUCUCAUUGUCAAGCUGCCGUUCACCAUCUCCUAUCCCGAGCCCGAGAAGGCGACCAAGGCCAUUGCCAGUUCCGAACAUGCACACUCUGCCACCAGCAACGCACCCGCGUUGGCGGCAUCGCCUGCCCCUGUGCCCCGUGUUGCCGGCCCUACUGCUGCUGCUGCUGCUGCCCCCGUCCACGCGCCCGAGCCUGACCUCCUCAUCAACUUUGAUGACGAUAUGCCGACCAACACUCUGGCCCCCGAGGCGAACAAUCCAUUCGACACUGCGGCGCCUGCCGUCGAAAACCCCUUUGCCAACCCCUUCGCUGCCGCGCCCCCGCCGCAGGCCCAGCAGGGCAUCCAGGCCUCGCUUCAGGUUGUGCGCAACAGCUUGUUCACUGCCCAGACUGCCUACGGCAUGGUCAGCACCGGCAACCUCGGCGUCGGCGACGACGUCCCGCUCGACACGCGUGUGCCCCAGCUGGCCCAGACCGUCCGCAGCGUCGGUGCCACCAUCUCGCAGCUCAACAACAACCUGUCGCUCUUGCGUCGCGCCGGCGACCAGACGGCCUCCCUGUCCAUCAUCCAGGACGCAGCCAACGUUGCCGCUGCCCUCCGUUCGCUCGAGAAGACCUCCAUUGGGCUGACCCGCUCGCUGACCGACCCUUCCAGCCAGCACGCACUGCUCGGUGGCAUUACGGACAUUCUUGACAAGUCUGCCCAGCUGAUUGAGACUGUCGGCGCCGUUCUUGCCGAUCCUGGCGUCGGUGAAAACCGCGGCCGCUUUGCCUCGCUCGCCGAGUACAUUUCUCAAGCCCUCCCGGCCAUCAUCAAAGCGCUGCCCGGCAACCGCGAGUGCCAGCUUGCGAUCGACACGAUUGCCACCAUCAGCUCGCACCUGGACGACCCUUUCAGCGAGCUCGCGCCCGCCAACCCCGCGGCUGCGGCCGCCGCCGUGGUGACUGCCGCGGAUUUGCUCCACCAGCGUGCCAAUGCGCUGUCCGACGCCUUCAAGGGCCUUGGUUCGGCCGUGGCCACCCCUGGCCACGUUGCCCUGGUGGUCCAAGCUGCCACCAACUACCGAGCGGCUCUGCCACCAGUGCUUGCUGCUGGCCGUCAGAUGGCCCAGGCUUUCACCGAUGCCCGCCUCCGCUCGCAGCUCUCCACCGCGCUCAAGGCCAUUUGCCACACCUCCGUCCGCUUGUUGACGGUGGUGCCUCAGUCCAUGAUUGACGGCUCGCCGGCUGCCAAGAAGACCCUUGAGGAUACUGGCGCGCUCGUCGUCGAGUCCAUGCGUGCUCUCCUCAAUGGCACGGCUGCCAUCAAGGCCCAGUUUGAGUCCAUCGCCGCCGCCGCCGCCGCCGCUUCUGGCACUCAGCAGCAGCAGGUACCUGUGGCUGCCUCGGCCGUGGCGUCCGUCACCACCACCCCCACCACGCAGCCUGCUUCUGCCGGCGCUGCGCCCGUCAACCCUGCGCAACGCUUCUUGAAGACUGCCCUGACUCGUCGCGACAGCUUUGAGGACUUUAUCCAGCAAGGCCGCGCUCCAGUUGCCGACGUCGCACCUGCGAACGACGUUUCGAGCCAGUACCUCGAGGCAGACUCUCAGCUCCGACUCAUUGCCGAGUCGAUUGCCGGCGCCAACCGCUCGCUGGCCGACUCUCGCUCGCGCCCGCAUCGCAACACCGUGGUUGCUUCCGACUCGCAGCUCCAGGGUGCCGUCAUUGACGCCAUCUUCCCGAUCGUCAUUUCAGUCUCGUCGCUCGUCGAGAGCGCUCGUAGCCGCGUGAACGAGCUUGCUAUUCUCGGUCGCCACUUCCACUCUGCCAACUUUUCCAACCGCGACCGGUCGUUCACCGACGUGCUCGUCUCGACUGCUCGCGAGCUGUCCACCUCCAUCACCGCUUUGGUGAGCGCUGCUGACCUUGUCAUGAACGGCUCUGGCUCCAUUGACACGCUCAUCCGCGCCGCCAGCGGCGUGUCGUCCGACUCCGCUCGCCUUGUUGCGGCCUCCCAGGUGCAGGAGCAUGUCAACAGCAACUCGCAGCAGGAAGUUGAAGAGUCGUCGCGUGGCGUCACCCGCGCCACCACCUCGCUGAUCACCGCUGCCGAGAAGAUUCGCGCCAGCUCUGGCACCGCCGCCACCUCCGGCGCCGUGGAAUCUCCCGAGCUGCGCGAACGCCAGGUGCGCGACCUCGAGAAGGACUUGCAGUCUUCGCAGCGCAGUGCCUUCCUCGGCCGCAAGGGCUCUCUCUGGCGCGUUGCGUAA